CGCGGUCGCCCAAUCGCUUCCCGCCGCCGCCGCGGGGCGGUGGCUUUCGUGGUGUCUUCGGUCGGAUGGGCCGGGCCGGCACCGCGGCCGUAGCGCUGCCGGGGCGCCCGCGUCGCUGCCCAGGUGCCCAGGAUCUCCCUUGCCUCGCCCCUGCCCCGGGCCGGCUUGGGGGCUGGCAGGCAGAGGAGGGAGACUGACCCACCCGGCCGGGUUCCUCGGUUUGAUUGGUGGGUGGGCCAGUGCCUAUUGUUCUAUUUGGCGCGUCGCGAAGCGCGUGUGGCUGGUGCCAUCCGUGUGCGUUGUUAGUUGCAGCGGCCCUACUCGCGUUGACGCUCGCAAUGGGUAGCCCCUUGCCGCCGGGCAGGCUCUUGCAAUAUUAUAUUUAGAGAAGGAAC